GGUUUAAGAAACAAGAUAUUUUACUGUGCAUGUGACGUGGAUAGAUUGCACUUUAUUAGGUGCAAUGGAUCCCAGCACUCAAAGGCUGUUUCAGAGAGUUGCGGAAAAACUCGGAUGGGACAAACCUGAGGCUCUAGAUCGAGCUGCGGAAGAGUUGAAAGAGAGCUUGAAAAGCAGACGACCUACUACUGGUAGCUAUGGCGCAGAGGCUGCUUUGAGGAAAGAUACUUCGCGUAAACCCCAACUUUCAGACAGCGACAGUUCGGGGAAGGAGAAUCAAUGUGGAAAGGGAAAUCCUCGCUCAAAUCUUCUUGCAGAUAAAGUUACUCCCAGACGUACUUGCAAACAAAUUUCAUCUGCUAAGAAAAUAAGGGAACCGAUUCCUGUUUUCUCCUCAGACAGUGAUGACGAUGAUUUUGAAAUCUUUUUGAGUUGUGUAAGAACACCAAAAACUCAACCCAGCCUGCAGUCUGUGAGUGGCAGUGAUGACAGCCUUAAACAUUUUAUAGUGGAUGACUUAACCUCUGAAGAUGAUUUUGUUGUUGGGGAGAAGAAGCCAUCUGUUUCUAACGACAAACAGAAGCACCCAAAACCCCCUGGGUUUGUCAAGAGGUGGCAGAGGAAGGCUCCCUCUCAAUAUGAUUCCCCAGUCUUUCUCAGUGAUGAUGAUGAUGAUGAUGAUGACAGAGACACCUGGAAGGCCCAGAAAGCCCUGACUACAUGCAGUGGGAGGUGCAGUGACACAGGCAGCUCUGAUGAUGAUGAGUUCCUGUCCUUGCUGGACCGAAUCAAGAAGAACCAGAAAUUGGGAAGCAGUAGCAUGCAAGUUUCUCCUAAACUUCCUGAAGAACCUAAAGUUACAACAGCCUGUUGGACUCCAUCUGUUAAGGGCCAGAAAGGCAGUGACUGGGCACCAGUAACAGAAUCUCUGUUGGACAGGACUCGAGAGCAGCUCCAUAUUAGUAGACCUGUGAGCCACAGUGAGCCACGAACAGCCCCCAGCAGCAGAGUGGCAGUAUGUAAAAUCCCAGGCUGCUUUUUGCAGUCUCUGUCCAUCCCUGGCCCCAUGUACUGCCGUAACUUCAAACAGAACAAGCAGGAGCUCACCAGCAAACUCUACCAACUUUAUAACUCCAGCGUAUUUGACAGCAAGCUACCCGCAGACAUGACAGUCACCUGGAAUAGAAAAAUGAGGAAAACUGCAGGAUAUUGUAUUACGGGACAAGAGCGAGGCACAAGCAAACGGUAUGCCCGCAUUGAACUGUCAGACAAAGUCUGUGAUUCUGCAGAUCGGUUAAGGGAUACGCUAGUUCACGAGAUGUGCCAUGCAGCCACAUGGCUGAUAAACAAUGUACGAGAUGGGCACGGCCCUUUCUGGAAGCUCUAUGCACGUAAAGCCAUGCUGGCUCAUCCUGAGUUACCAACGGUCACCCGUUGCCACAGCUACGACAUCAACUACAAGUAUCAGUACCAGUGUAGCCGCUGCAAAAACACCAUUGGUCGCCACUCCAAGUCACUUGACACACAGAAGUUCGUAUGCGCCUUGUGUAAGGGGCAGCUGGUGCUUCUCACAACAUCUAAGCCGCGGAGGCCCACGCCCUUUGCUGCAUUUGUGAAGAACAACUACGUGUCAGUGCGACAAGAGCUCACUGGCCAGAGUCAUGCUGAGGUCAUGCGCAAGCUCAGCGCUGACUUUGCCAGCAAGACACACCUCAGCAACAACUGAUAUCAGAAUUUUAGAACAAUUCUGAUGCUUUUCCUGUACUGAAUGUGAUAACGUGUCAUGUGGUGCUUUGCUGCACUAGCUUUUUCUGUGGUUAUUUACCUCACUGAAUCCAGGCCAUUGGUGUGGGCAUUACAUUUCCAUCGUGUUUUGUAAAGACACUGGGUUGGCAUGUCAUAAGCACCUUUCAAUGGCUGUGAAAGGCCCACUUUUACAGAUUUAAGCAUAUGUAGUUAUUGUGGCAGGGUUGGUAUUGUCAGAUUUUAAUACUUUCAUCUUUGUGUCCUGUUUGUGUCUCGAUGUUCAAUAAAC